CAGAAAAGGCGCGCUCCGCUUAGAGCUCAGUCUGGAUUUGAAUCCUGGGAGAGGAAAGAGCUGUACGCUGUCAGUGUGACCACGAUGGCUGACGGUAAUAAGUUGCGGGACUUGGAGGAGGCGGGAGAGGUGUUGGUGGCCUACAUCAAAAACAGCGAACUUGAGAAACUGAGACAAGUGAAAGAUGAACAUCAGGCUUUCUUUGACAAACACGCAGAAACAAAAAAGAUUGUGAAACAGAUUUUAAAAGAUGUGACUCAGCUGGAGGAGAGCGUGAGCCAGAAGCUGAUUAAUAUGGAGGAGGAGAAGAUGCAAAGGGAGGCGGAGCUGGAGAGCCUGGAGGAACAACUGAAGCAGUGCACAGCCCAGAGCCAGAUGACCGACUCAGAACUACAAUUUGUGCAGCGAGAGUUGGAGAGGCUGAGAACAAGCGAGCACGAGCUCGAGACUCUUCAGAACGAGGUGGACGAAGACACGACCGAGGUCAUCCCUUCAGCAGUAUAUGUGGCUCAGCUGUACCAACAUAUAACCAAGAUCAAGUGGGAGUACGACACACCGCCCAACAUCUUAAAAGGAGUACACUACGGUGCAGACCUGGCGACUCCCAUCGACAUCGACACCUCUGUGCGAUCUCGGCGGGAAGUAAGCGACCAGCUGUGGGGCUUUGUCAGCACUGAAUGGUAGAGGAAGGAGGGCGGUGUGGUCAGAAACAAUGUCUACUUUAUUUGUCUGUAAAUAUGUUUGUUUUCUUCUGUUCCAUACAGUGUAUACUGUUUAAAAUUAAAUAUUUCAAACCCAA